UUGAUUCUUAUUCCAGGAGCUUCGUCGGGAAUAGGAAAGGGUACUGCUGUACGUUUCGCUCGUGAAGGAUAUGCGUUAUCGCUGAGCGGUCGAGACGAAGAAGCGCUGUCCGAAACAGCCAAAUUGUGUAAGGAAGCUGGAGCUGCUGAUGUGAUUGUCACUGCUGGUGAUCUUUUGUACUCGUUCGCGUUCGAAAUAAUAACUGCUGUUCAAAUAGAAAUUCAAAAUCAGGUCAACAAUGCGGGAAUAUUGACCAAUGGAAGCGUCAUCGAUGCUGAUUUAGACUUAUUCGAUCGCCAAAUGGACGUUAAUGUAAGAAGUGUUGUCCAACUGACAAGGCUAGUUCUUCCCCACAUAAUAAAGUCUAGAGGAACGGUGGUGAACGUGUCAAGCAUUUUUGCUGGCAUUACGUACUACUGUAUGUCGAAAUCGGCUCUAGAUCAGUUCACGAAAUGCCUAGCUCUUGAGAUGGGGCCUCACGGAGUGCGCGUUAAUUCUAAAUUCUGUUCUUUUAAGUUCUUGGAAAAAGGAAAAUCAACACAUGUGCUUGGACGUGUAGGAGAAGUAUCUGAAGUGGCUGAGGCUAUUCUGUUCCUCGCUUCUGAUAAGAGUUCGUUCACGACAGGCGAACUACUGAGAGUUGAUGGUGGAAAAGGAAUUAUGUAUCCACUCUAG